AUGGAAAAAUAUUAUAAAAGAGCUUCAAAUGUGUCACAUUUUCUUGAGGUGGAGGUAGACAAUUCAAAAAGACAAAAAAUUUCAAUUAUAUCACAUUUUCCUGAAGUAGAUUUUGACAAUUCAAAAAGAAAUUGUACUUCAAGUUCAAUUGAUAUGACUAAUCUUCCUACCGAUCCUGGGUUGCGACCACCAAUUUCCAAUUACCACCCAAAUAUUCAAGAUGAAAUCCGUAGACAUUAUCUACAGCAAGGGCCUUGUCAACCAAGAAGUCAUGAAUUUCCUAAGAAAUUCUAUGAAGCAAAGGAACGUCGAUUCAACAUUGCAUGGUUUGAUCAAUUUUCUACUUGGUUGGAAUAUAGCAUAAGUAAGAAUUCUGCAUUUUUUCUGUGCUGCUAUCUUUUUAAAUCAAGCAUUGGAAAACAAGCUGGUGGCAACACAUUUGUUAGUAAGGAUUUUUCAAAUUGGAAGAAAAUGAGCCUACUCGAAGCCCAUGUUGGAAAUCACAACAGUCUUGCAUUUCGUGGUCAUGAUGAGUCCCAAGAGUCUAAUAAUCAAGGUAACUUUCUUGAACUUCUAAUGUUUCUUACUAAUCAUAACGAGGAAGUUAGAGUUGUUACUUUAAAAAAUGAUCCUGAGAAUCUUAAACUGACUUCACCAAAGAUUCAGAAGGACAUUGUAAACGCUUGUGCAAUGGAUUCAAUUAAUGUUAUUAUUAGAGAUAUGAGAGAUGUUAUUUUUUCUAUUUUAGUUGAUGAAUCUCGUGAUGUAUCCAUAAAGGAACAAAUGGUCGUAAUGUGUCGUUAUGUGGACAAGAGAGGGUGUGUGAUUGAGAUAUUCAUCAAUAUUGAACAUGUUCCUAAUACCAUUGCAAUCUUACUUAAGAUAGCAAUUGAUAAGUUGUUUUCAAAGCAUGGGUUGAGCAUAUCCAAAUUACGAGGUCAAGGGUAUGAUGGAGCUAGUAACAUAUGUGGAGAGUUUAUUGAUUUGAAAAGUAUUAUCAUGAAGGAGAAUGAAUGUGCUUUUUUUGUCCAAUAUUUUGCUCAUCAACUACAAUUAUCACUCCUGGGUGUGGCAAAGAAACAUGAUUUAAUAGGUACUUUUCUCACCGUAGUGUCUAAUGUGGUGAAUGUUGUUGGAGCCUCAUCUAAGCGUCUCGUGACUUUCUACGGGAACAGCAAGUUCUCAAAGUCAUUGAAGCUUUAA